CGGGGAGCCUCUCCCCUGCCCCGCGUCCCCGCCGACAGAGUUAGUGCAACCUCAGUAUGAGCUGGUCACCUUCCCUGCAAACUCAGACAUGUGGGGCCUGGGAAAUGAAGGAACGACUUGGGACAGGGGGAUUUGGAAACGUCAUCCGAUGGCACAACCAGGAAACAGGUGAGCAGAUUGCUAUCAAGCAGUGCCGACAGGAGCUCAGCCCCCGGAACCGGGAGCGGUGGUGCCUGGAAAUCCAGAUCAUGCGAAGGCUGAACCACCCCAACGUGGUGGCUAAGGCAGCCUCGGCGCUUCGAUACCUUCACGAGAACAGGAUCAUCCACCGAGAUCUGAAGCCGGAGAACAUCGUCCUGCAGCAGGGGGAGCAGAGGUUAAUACACAAGAUUAUUGACCUCGGAUAUGCCAAGGAGCUGGACCAGAGCAGUCUUUGCACGUCCUUUGUAGGGACCCUGCAGUACCUGGCCCCGGAGCUGCUGGAGCAGCAGAAGUACACGGUGACAGUGGACUACUGGAGCUUCGGCACCCUGGCUUUUGAGUGCAUCACGGGCUUCCGGCCUUUCCUCCCCAACUGGCAGCCUGUGCAGUGGCACUCGAAGGUCCGGCAGAAGAGCGAGAUGGACAUUGUCGUCAGUGAGGACUUGAGCGGAACGGUGAAGUUUUCCAGCUCCUUGCCCUACCCCAAUAAUCUCAACAGAGUCCUGGCACAGCGACUGGAGAAGUGGCUGCAGCUGAUGUUGAUGUGGCACCCCCGGCAGAGGGGCACAGACCCCAUGUACGGGCCCAACGGCUGCUUCAAGGCCCUGGAUGACAUCUUGAACUUGGAGCUGGUUCACAUCUUGAACAUGGUAACGGGCACCAUCCACACUUACCCAGUGACGGCAGAUGAGAGUCUGCAGAGUUUGAAGGCCCGGAUCCAGCAAGACACAGGAAUUCCAGAGGCAGACCAGGAACUGCUGCAAGAGGCAGGGCUGGCAUUGAUCCCCGACAAGCCUGCCACCCAGUGUAUUUCCGACGGCAAGCCAAAUGAGGGCCGCACCUUGGACAUGGAUCUUGUGUUCCUCUUUGACAACAGCAAAAUCACCUAUGAGACACAGAUCUCUCCUCGGCCUCAACCGGAAAGUGUCAGCUGUAUCCUUCAGGAGCCCAAGAGGAAUCUCACCUUCUUCCACCUGAGGAAGGUGUGGGGCCAGGUCUGGCACAGCAUCCAAGCCCUGAAGGAGGAUUGUAACCGGUUGCAGCAGGGACAGCGAGCGGCCAUGAUGAACCUCCUCCGGAACAACAGCUGCCUCUCCAAGAUGAAGAACUCCAUGGCCUCCAUGUCCCAGCAGCUCAAGGCCAAGCUGGACUUCUUUAAGACCAGCGUCCAGAUUGACCUGGAGAAGUACAGCGAGCAGACCGAGUUUGGGAUCACAUCAGAUAAAUUGCUGCUGGCCUGGAGGGAAAUGGAGCAGUCGGUGGAGCGCUACGGGCGGGAGAAUGAAGUGAAGCAUCUGGUGGAGCGAAUGAUGGCGCUGCAGACAGACAUCGUGGACUUACAGAGGAGCCCGAUGGGUCGGAAGCAGGGUGGGACGCUGGAUGACCUAGAGGAGCAGGCAAGGGAGCUCUACAGGAGACUGAGGGAAAAACCAAGAGACCAGCGGACUGAUGGGGACAGUCAGGAAAUGGUGCGGCUGCUGCUUCAGGCAAUCCAGGGCUUCGAGAAGAAAGUGCGAGUGAUUUACACGCAGCUCAGGUACAACGCCCCUUCCCUGCUCUCUGGUGGGCUGUGGAGAAGCCACAAGGCUGUGUGUGGGCCCACUUCCCUCCCUCUACUCGGCUGUGCCCAGCUGCCUGAAGAAGCUUACUCAUUCAAUCUCCUUGUUUCUGGAAUCCCUUCUCAAAAAAGGACACCUGUAGAUUCAGAAACACUUUGUAAGCUGGCAUGCAAAGUAUCAGCAGCUGUCUGUUUUCCCUUAAAAUUGCGAUUUCAUACAUACAUCAUUCCAUCAUUUAAUCACGUCAAGUCGAAUUGUACAAUUGCUACCAAAAUCCAUUUCCAAACAUUCUUUUUCUGCAUGGUCUCCUUGACAUCGGCUCCCUUUUACCCCACCACCACCACUGUACCCCCUCCCCACCCCGAACCCCUUCUUCUACUUUCAGCAGUUGUCUUAGUUCAUGAUGUUGACCGAUCUUUUUUGGAAGAACCGCUAGUGCCCUACAGCCAAAUGACUGCACAGAAAACACUCCGGCAUGAAGCGAGGCUGGGAUCGUCUCAAACCUUCUCCCAGUGCUCCGUGAAACGUUGCCAACAACGAAGAUACUGCGGAGCGCAGCUCUGCCCGGCACCUGUGGGCCUGCCAUCAGCUGGAGCCAACUCCCAGAGAGACUCUCUGGAACCCCCUUUCUUCCACCGUGGUGGCGACUCUCUUUCUGGUUUUGUCCUUCAGAGCAAGGUCCGCGGUCCUGUCAGUGGAAGCCCAGAUAGCAUGAACGCGUCGCGCCUCAGUCACCCUGGCCAGCUGAUGUCACAGCCUGCCCCUGCCCCCGACAGCUUAGCUCAGUCCGUCAAGAAGAGUGAAGAACUGGUGGCCGAAGCACAUACUCUCUGUACCCAGCUGGAAACGGCCAUGCAAGACACCCUGAAAGACCAGGACCAGAGUUUCAUGACUCUCGACUGGAGCUGGUUACAAACAGAGGAAGAGGAGCAGAAUCGCCUGGAGCAGGCCUCGUGACUGUGGGUGGCCUGGACCACCUGAUGCGGGACUCUCUGACCGAGGCUCUCUUGCAGCUGCAGUCCCUGCUACAGUGAUGUCCCAGAAGUCUUGUGCACCUACAGGGAGACCUUCUGACUUCCCACACAGUGGUGACACUCUGAAUCGAGGAUGUGGCUCGCAGUAGGCAUGGCUGGACACCUUGUCGGCACACCUGGAAGUCCUCCAUCACUGAGGCCCGGCACACUGUGAUGCCAAGUCAUGCACUUUCAGGGAAACAGAGCCACAGCAGCACUUCCUCUGCCACGGAAAUAAUGUGCAAAAUACUGCUUGCCCCACAGACCACUGGACAAAUUCCCAACUGGGUGUUUCAGAACAGUCGAAAUGGCACUUGGUGCCAGCCUGUCCUCACCUGACCCCGUCCAAGCAGCCGCCCUGAUCCACCUGUUCUCUCAUCUUGCAGCUAAGGGUUUCAUCUGGAUUCAGGUUCUCUUAAGCAGACUUUUAAAUCAUUGAUUUGGCCUGGCCCCAAUCCUCCCUCCUCCCCUUUUUAUUUCACCGCUGCUAGAAUUCUACCUUGACUGUACUCCUUUGGUGGCAUCCUCCUUUCGGGAAGGCAGUAGUAAUGUUGAGCUUUGGAGCCAGGCGGGAAAAGCAGCUGCCUGCCUUUGGGUCUGUGAGUACCCAGGAGUGAUAUUGCCAUGGAGAAGGAAAGGGAACACAGCCUGUCACCCACAAGCCUGCUGACCACAAAUGCCCACACCUCCCUGUCCUUGCUCAGACAUAUUAGUGUGGGGGGCGCAAGCCGAGGGGAGUCCCUACCUCUCACUUCAUCCAGCAGUAUUAUUAAAUUGAUUUCUUUUAA